UUUUCAGGUUCUAAUUCUCUGCCCACUUCAAAACCGCCCACUCGUCUCGGCCGUCUAUAAAAGCGUGUGUCACUAAGAGAAAGUUGUUGAUAAAAAAAGAAAGAAAGUUGUUGAUAAGGCAUGUUUCCUCAGAACAGUGAAAGGCCAUGAAGUUUAAAGUCCUGUUGUGUUUCUGUGUGCUGAGCCAAAUACAGCAGGUAUUUCCCACAGAGAUAUCAGUGAAUGUGAGCUCCUCUGUUAUCCUGCCCUGUACGUUCCAUCUCCAAUACGACGAUUUAAUUCUCAACAUCACCUGGUCCUUCAACGGGUCAAUCAUUUCAUCCAGUAAUCAAACGGAAGGUGAAUUUCCCGUGUCAGAAAAUGGAUUCAAGGGAGUUUCCCAGCUGAAGCUGUAUAAUGUUACGCCACACAACCAGGGGGUGUAUGAGUGCCAUGUGAAGACCAAUCUAACCAAUCAGCUCAGUAAUGUCACACUCAACAUUUUGGCUCCACCGUCCGUCUUCGUGCCCUCUCCAGAGGUGGUGUUGGGGCGAGAGAGCAUAGUAAAGUGUGGGGCAAAAGGCUUCAGUCCUCCUGGCAUCACAUUCUCCUGGAUGCGAGCAGGCAAAGAGAUCAGAGCUCCUCGUAAAUCCAAAAUAAUUCACACAGAAGAUGGUCUAUAUGAAGGUGUCAGCCAGCUGGUGUUCAUUCCUGAACUUGCUGAUCGAAACGCUACGUAUGCCUGUGUGGUGGACCAUGAAACUCUGGAGAAACCGCUUGUGAGAGAAUUCAGAAUAAACCUCACCAUCCUCCCCAAAGUCAGCGUGUCCGUCGUGCCAUCCUCUUCACGCUCAUCCCCCCUCACUUUAGCAUGCGAUAUCAACGGGUUCUACCCCCAGGAUGUGUCUGUGCUGUGGCUCAGGAACGGUACUGUCCUACCCGAGACUUCACAGAUCCAACAGAACCAGGACGGAACGUACAGAAUGCGUCGAUUUCACACUCUCAGUGUAGAGGAGAGAGAAAGAGCCGGACAAGUCCAAUGUGUGGCUCAACAAGCUCAUGUAUCCCAACCAGCUUUGAGCUCCAUCGAUCCAUCAGCUGCGGAUACGUUGGUACAGAAGCUUGUUCUGACUAAAUCUGCAAAAGCAUCAGUGGCAAUGAUGAUCAUCUCCUUGGUGCUUGUUCUUCUGCUUUGUUUUGGCUUCUCCUGGAAGAGGAGAGAUGAGAAACAGAAAAGUUUAAGUGUGUCUUGCAUCAUCCUGCCACCGAGGGUGGUGGUGGGACAGAAAGGCCGGGUCACCAUCAGCAUAGAAGGCAGAAGAGCAGAUCAAGUCCAAACUGCCUGGUUUCUCAACGAUGUCCAUAUUACAGAUACGUCUUACACAGAAAGCAAUGGCUCUAGAAGUCACACUCCGAGGACAUCCCGUGUAUCUCUGUUGUCAGAAAAAGCCCCUCUGCUGGCAUCUACUGCUCUGGGCUAUUACAAAAUGCACACUCGGAAGCCCCUGCACUCGACCGGCCCCAACAAACAGCUCCUUUCCUCCUUCACCUUCAUCCCUAACCUGUCUGUUCAUAAGGGGGCCGUCUUCAAAUGCCAAAUCUCCUAUAAAGGGAAAGACAAGAUAGUGAUGGAGAGAGUGUCAGAGAAGUUUACUAUUCUGUCACCACCCGAGGUUUCAGAAAUCCAACUCUCCGAACCAAAUGAAGAGACAGGUAUCGUGAUACUGACCAUCGAGGCCUCCCACUUCCACCCAGACGUCAUCACCUUCCGCUGGUUCUGUGAGGGGGGAGAGCUGUGCCCCGUGGCUGUCCCUGCAGCCCUGGCAGCACCACGUCCUGAUGCACAAGGCUUCUUCUCAGCCCGGAGCCAGUGCAGGUUACCCAUGUCUGAGCUAGAGAGAGGACAAACUGCAGUGUGGGUCACUGUCCAUCACAUGUCUCUCAAACAGCCAAUCAGACGAAAGACCAAAGGGUUCAUAAAGAAGCCCAUUGUAUCAGAAAUCAGCUGCACAUCAAGCCCACAACAGGGACUUUUAACGCUGGCCUGUAGGCUCUCAAGCUUCUACCCUCCUGAAAUUGCAGUGAAAUGGCUGAAGCAAAGCAACAAUGGGGAGAUGGAAAUUAAGAAAGAGGAAGGGCUGGUGGAAGUAUGGGGGCCGAUACAGACACAACUGAGGACAUUUCGAGCCACGGCUGUGCUGACGGAAGUGGAGAACGGGCUGAAGGAUGUAGAUAAGGAUGGAAAGAUUGUGUGCAGAAUCGAGCACUGCUCUCUGCUCGAGCCCAUAGAGCGAGUCUGGACAAACUCUCAGUUUGUGGCUCCCUCCAUCCCCACGUCCUUGUCUGUUAACUGGAAUAAUGAUGGUGUAGGGGUGUUUUCCGUGUGCCUGUCUGGUGGUGUUCCGUAUCCCACACUGCAGUGGGCUGCAGGGGGCUCCACUCUCAUCCCACUCAUCUCCAGAGAGACAGAGAAAGUGACAGACAAAGAGGGAAGUGAGCUACUCAGUGUCUGUGCCUUGGUGAGGUCUGCAGAACCGCAUGGAGACAAAGCCAGCUUACAAAUUCUCCAAAAAGGACAUCAGUGCAAUUCUCAGUCCCCAGAAUUGCAAAUUGAAGCAAACGACGAGACGGCAGACGGUGGACGAGGACAAGAGAAGCAAAUGGAAAGAGCUGCAGUGACACCAGACUUCACAGACGAGACCACGACAGAAGUAGGACAGGCCGAGUCUUUGUAUAUAAACACGGUAUAUGUGAGGGAAAAAAGAAAAUGGGCAGAGAGAGAGUGUCUGAGAGUGACAGUGGAGAUUACCCAUCCUGCACUUCACCUGCCUGUUUACUGCACCUGGACAGAGCCUGGAGAGGAAGUACAAUCCUAAUAAUGAAGUAAAAAUAUCCAGACAAUAUUUUUUUUUUACUCAUUACGUUUACAACUUACAGCAUGUAUUGUUUUCAUUUAUAUUUUAAUUCCUAUAACACGAUGUAUUUCUGUUUUAGUUGGAAUAACUUAUUAUUUUUGUGUAUGUUAAGUUAUGAAGAAUAUUCUGUGUUUAUCUGCAUCGUUAUAACAAUACGUUUCACUGGUGGUGUGUCCUAAUGUGUAACACUACUGUAUAAAGGCAGUGUGUGUGUGUGUGUGUUGGGGGGGUCAGGGCGUGGGUUGUGUAUGGCAUGUUAGUUAUAAUAAAGCUUUAAUAACUGGCAAAAGUGAAAGAUUUAGGUCUACAGUGCCAUUCUUACACAUUAAGGAGCUGGUGUUGUUUAUGAAGCAUGAAACUUAAUGAAAGUAACAUAACUGAUAAAAACAAGUUGUGGUAAAUGUGCAUGUCUGUAGAGUUUAUUAAAUAGCUUAGUAAGUUUAUUAAAAUGCUUUAUUAAAUAAAGAUGAGUGAUAAAAAUGAUAAAAAGAUAA